UCGGAAGCAUGGUCGUUAAGUUUUUCCGCGAAAUUUUUCAUUGUUUUAUAACAUAAAUUAUUAUAUGAUAUAAAUAAUUAAGAUAAAAUAAGUGUAGUCUAUAUAAAUAAGUGUAUAAGGUAAUAAAUCAUAAUAGUGAAUUUUAAGUUUUUCAAUAAAAAAACGAGUAAAUAUGUCAAUGCUUGCGGAACCGCGCAAAAAACAAAAAUGGACGCUCAAUCCACAGGGAAAACAUUGGAGUGAUGAUAACAACAAAUUUGGUCAAAAGAUGUUGGAAAAAAUGGGUUGGACACCUGGCAAAGGUCUUGGUGCUAACGAAAACGGCAUGACUGAACAUAUAAGAGUUAAACAUAAGGAUGACCAAGCUGGAAUUGGUUAUUCAAAAGACAGUCAUGAUAAAUUGUGGACUGAACACCAAGAUGGUUUCAAUGAAUUCCUCAAAAAACUUCAUAAUGGUGAGGAUUCAGAAUCUACUGAAAAAUCUAUUGACAAAUGCGAUUUAAGUGGAAAGUCGUUGGAGCUAAAAUCGAAGUUUAGUCGAGCACGGGUUCAUUACCAUAAAUUCACUCGUGGGAAAGACGUUAAUAAAUAUAGUGCUAAAGAUUUAGCUAAUAUUUUCGGUAAAAAAGACCUAAAUGUUCAGCCUAAAGAAGUAUUGAAUGAACAAAAUGAUGAAAAAAAUGCAGAUACUGAUUCAGUAGGUGCUACUGAUAGUACUGCAGGAGUUUUAACAAUAAAAGGAGGAACGAUGACUGAUUAUUUUAAAAAUAAGUUUCCGUUAAUGUCUUCUACGCCUAAAUCUCAAGGUAGUAAAAGAAAAAGUGAAAAAGAAAUAGACAAUGAUAUAGAUGAAAAUAAUGAAGCUCAAAACUCAGCAAAUAAUUCAGAAAGUGAAGCAGAAAGGUAUGUAGGCUUUGGUUAUUCAAAUUCUAAUGAAUCCAAUGGAAAAUUGCAUGGAAAGUCAAAAGGAUUAUUAAAUUCAGCGUCGUUUGUCUUUGCGAAUUCUCCUUUAAAUAUCAAAAGUUCAAAAAGUACUCCAAAAAAGCGUAAAAGUGAAUUUUAUUGCUCUACUCCCGCAAUGGAAGAAAAAAAAGCUCAUGUAAUUCAAGAAGAAUAUGAAGAAACUCCGAAAAAAAGAAAAACGGAACUUUUAGCUUUUGAAAAUCCCGGAUUAGAUAUGUCAAAUUUGGAUUCUCCAACGUCGUUACCCCCUUCGUCUUCCACGGAUCCUAUAAAAUCAUCCAAAUAUGAAGUAAUUUUAACUGAAAAUAAUCCUCAUGAGGUAUAUGAAGAGAAACCAGAUGAAUUAGCAUCUGUCAAAAAGAAGAAGAAAAAGAAAAGACAAAGUUUAUUUGUUGAGGGAUUCGUUAAUGAUGGUUUAGAUAUCAAUACCAAAGAUGAAAAUAAUUCAACUGAACCAAUUUCAUCAUUUCCGUUAAAUAAAAUGGAAGUAUUGAGAUCUGAAGCUAUACCGAUUGAGUGUAUUCCUAGAGUAUCAAAUAAUAGUCAAGCGGAAGAACAAGAGCCUCUAAAAAAAAAGAAAAAAAAGAAGAAAAAGGAUCUUAGUAUUGACGGAUUUGUCAAUGAUGCUUUGAAUGUAGAUGAUGGCUAUGCAGAAUGUUCACAGAAGGUAUCCGGAAAUGCUUGUAAAAGCUUUGAAGUAUCUAGAGGUGAUGUUUUCGGUCUAGCAAAUAAUGCUUUAGACCUUACUGAUGAAACGAAUGGUAAGAAACGUGUUACUUUUAAUGAUGUCGUUGAAUAUAACACUGACUCAACAAAGAAAAAGAAAAAAUCAAGUGCAAAGUUAGACAAGUUUGAAGUGGACAUUGAAAAGUCCAAAAAGAAGAAAAAAAUUUUAUCAUUAAACGAAAAUGCGGACGUAAACGGUUUUGUUAAUCAUGCAUUAGAUGUAAAUAUAGUUAAUGAAGAAAUGAUAGAUAAUGAAGAGAAUGAGAGAAAAAUGAAUAAAGAACGAAAAAAGCGAGAUAAAGGAAAAAAAAGAAUGUCAAAUUUGGAAACUAUUGAAGAGGUAGUAGAGGAAGAGGAAGGAGUCAAUGGUACUAAAGAAGUGUCAAUAAUUAAUGAUAAAAGCACAAAUGAACAAUUGGGCGAAAGUUUAGUUGAAAACACGAGUAAUGAAUUUGGAGAAAUGAAUUUAGAAACACCAAUGAAAAAGAAAAAGAAAAAAAAGAGCAAAGAGAAAGAAAAACUUGAUGAAAAUGUCGAUGGCUGUAAUGAACUAGUUGAGGAUCAAUUAGAGAAUAAUUCCGUUUCGAAUAAAAAAGAGAAAAAAAAGAAAAACAAAGAAAUAGAUCACUUAGACGAGUCUAAUAUUAAAAAUGAAGAGCAAUUCAAAACAAAGAAUAAAAAGAAAAAAAAAAGAAAAGAAAAAGAUGAAUCAGGUGAAGAUAAAAUGGAAAUCGAUGAUGAUUUCAAUACAAUUUCUAAAGAAAAUUUUAAUAAAGAAAAUAAAAAUAACUGUGAUUCUUAUGAGGUGCUUGAAGAAAUCGAAGAUGGAAUAGAAAAAAAAUCUAAAAAGAUGGCAAAAGUUGAUGAUAUCAAUAUCAAAGAUGACAACAAUGAAAGAAGUGAAAACAUUGCAAAAAGUCAGUGGGAAAGUAAAUCAAAACCAAAGAAAAUAUUUAGAACACUUUUUACUAAAGGUCCUCUACUCCAUUUUCCUGGAUCAAGCAUCAAUGAAAUCAAAGGAUAUGGAAUGAAUUGAUUAAUUUAUUAUUAGUGUGCUGAACUUAGUUAAAAUAAGUUUUAUUAUUUAAGUUUAAGGAAUAAUUAAAGUAAUCGUGUGAAAUUUUUUCUUAAGAGGUGAAAAAAAUAAAUUCAACGAAUGAUUAAUCAAUUUUAAGCUCAUGAAGCUUAUAGAACUUAUUCUAGAUUCAAAAAUUUUGAAUUGAAUUAAAAAAAAUGAUAUAUUCAUAAAUGAAAUAGUUAUGAAAUUACAUUUAAUGUAAAUAUUUGUAAUUUAUAUCUAAUUU